AGAGCAGAAAGAGGCCAAAUUAGGUCGCAUGUUGAGAGCAUGGCUCUCAUGCACCAGGUUGUGGGGUGGUUCAAGAAAGGGAUCAAAAGGGCCGAGCCAUCCUUCAAGGUUCACCCUGCAAUGUUUAGAAAGCUGAUCCAUGAUGAUUCCACUGCAUUAUGCCCAUGGUCUGAAAUUUUGAGUCAAUCACUUAGCAGGACUAGCUUAAUGUAGAUUGUUUUGUUUUUAAGUUGUUAUGUAAGGGUAUGGUAAUGGUAAUUUAUAUUAGCCUUUAUAACUUGGUCUAUUAAACCAACAGGACAGGAAUAUUUUUAUGUCAAACAGAUGACAGAAUUUCUACCAAGGAUAAAUGGAGCUUUAUGUCCAACCGGACAACCUAUCUCUGAUGCCAAUCCGUGGUAGUUUUUUUCACUUAUCUUAACAAAAAAUUUCUUUGGCAGUUCAAAUUGUUAGUCAGAAGGCUGUCCUUUUUCUGCCACUAGAUUGAAAAGCAAUGUGUAUAUUGGUCAACAAAGUCUAAAGAUUGCCUGGUCAAUAUGUACAUAGGCGCAAAAGCAUUGCAUCUUCCUUACUGGCAAUCACUCAGAAAUUCAUCAAAACAAUUAAUCUCCUCAAACCCACAAUUCAUUUCAUUCUUCUUUCUUCAUCUAUCAGAUAUUUUGAUCAUGGGAAAUUUGUGGUCAGUCUCAAUCUCAACGGAGGACACUGUCUCUCGAUGCUGGGAUUGCAUUGCUGGACAAGCAAGUUACACAUGUAAGCUUGAAGAAAAUCUUGAAGCACUGAGGGUGGAAUUGGAUACUCUGAAAGCGCGAAAGGAUGACGUGAAUCAGAAGGUAGAUCUGGCUGAACAAAAACGUAUGACAUGGCUCAGCGAAGUUAGUCUUUGGCUUUCAAGGGUGCAGACUGCAGAAGCAGGUGCUGAGCAACUGAUCAAAGAUGGUCCUCAAGAAAUUCAGAAAUUAUUGAGUAGAAAACUUGCAGAAAUAGUUGAUCUAAAGAAUCAGGGAGUUUUUGAAAGGGUAGCUGAGAAUCAACGUGCAGCCCAAGUGGAUGUAAGACCUACCGGAACCGCAGUAGGUUUGGAACCGACAUUUGAUAAAACCUGGCGUUUACUUGAACAAAACAAUGUGGGUAUUAUUGGUUUACAUGGCUUGGGAGGAGUAGGUAAAACAAAACUCUUGACCCAAAUUAACAACAAGUUAAGCAAUGACCUAAUGGGUUAUGAUGUUGUAAUUUGGGUGGUGGUGUCUAAAGAUCACUACAUCGAAACGGUUCAAGAAAAAAUUGGUCAAAAGCUUAGCCUUUCACAUGAUGAGACAUGGAAGAAUAAAAGUUUUGAUGAGAAAGCUGUAGAAAUUAGGAAAGUUUUGAGCAAAAAAAAGUUUGUUAUGCUGUUGGAUGAUGUGUGGGAGCGGGUGGAUUUGAUCAAAGUUGGCAUACCUGAACCGGAUCAGGAAAAUUGUUCUAAAUUAAUUUUUACGACUCGCUCUUUAGAUGUAUGUGGACAAAUGGGAGCUCAUAAGAAUAUCAAAGUAGAGUGUUUAAGCAAAGCUGAUGCUUGGAAAUUGUUUGAAGAGAAGGUUGGAGAAGAAACCCUUAACAGCCAUCCAGCAAUUCGAGGGCUGGCUAAACAAGUAGCUGCAAAUUGUGGAGGACUACCUCUUGCACUGAUUACAAUUGGUCGCGCCAUGGCUUACAGCACGAUGCCUAAACACUGGGAACAUGCAAUUAAGGUUUUGGAAGAGUUUCCGCAUAAAUUAGCAAGCAUGGAUAAAGAGGUGUAUUCUCUUUUAAAAUUUAGUUAUGAUAACUUACCUACAGACACUAUGAGAUCUUGCCUUUUGUACUGUAGUUUGUAUCCCAAAGAUUUUGAAAUUCCCAUCGAUGAGCUGAAAGAUUAUUGGUUUUGCGAGGGAAUUUUGGAUGAAUCUGACAACAUAAUUGAUGCUCGAAUGCAAGGGGAGGACAUUAUCAAGCAUCUUGUUAAUGCUUGUUUAUUAGAAAGAUGUGGAGAUUUUGCAAAUCGCGUAAAGAUGCAUGAUGUGAUUUGUGACAUGGCUUUAUGGAUAGCUCGUGAGUGUGAAGCACUUGAGAAGAGAUUUUUCGUAAGAACAGGGGUAAGAUCAAUUAAGGUAGUUGACGAUGAAAAUUGGAAAGUUGUAAGAAUGUCAUUGGCGUAUGGUCGAAUUGAAGAUCUAGAAGGAACACCUACAUGCCCUAAUCUUCAAACUCUAUUUCUCAACAAUAACCAGUUGAAGGUGAUUAGGGAUGGUUUCUUCCAAUUUAUGCACAAUCUGAAAGUUCUAAACUUGUCAUCAAACCACUCCCUAUGUGAGUUGCCACAGGGAAUUUCAGAACUGGUUUCACUAGAGUGUCUCGAUCUACAAAAGACAAAAAUAACUGAGUUGCCAAUUCAGCUUAAGAAGUUGUCAAAACUGAAAUAUUUGGACUUGAGGGGGACAAUCUGUCUCUUUAAAAUCCCACGACAAUUGAUACGUAAAUUUUCUAUGUUGCAGAUAUUCAAAAUUUUUCCAAUCAAUGUUUCCAGGGCUGACAUAGACAGUGUCCUAAACAGAGGUAGUGAAAGUUUAAUAGAGGAAUUGAAAUUCUUGCAACAUUUGAAUGUGCUGUGGAUGGAAAUAAACACUGAUGUUGCUCUAGAAAGCCUUUUGAGCUGCCACAACUUACGAGGAUGCACUGAGCGACUACUUCUCAAAUAUCGAGGGCAGAAAAAGGUAUUCAAUGUUUUGUUCUUGGAAAAUAUGGAGCGUUUAAAGAACCUAGAAAUUAAGAAUUGUGAUAGCAUAGAAGAGAUGGUAACAAGGAAUAUAGAGGAGGAAUCAGGGGAAAGAAGAAUGAUAAAAACCUCCCCGCUCUUUCCCACUAAUAGUAAUAAUAUCACUCCUCGCUUUCAUGCACUGACCAAGAUUUCAAUAGACUCUUGUCGCAGCUUGAGGAACCUGACAUGGCUUAUUUUUGCUCCCAAUCUGAUGCGGCUUGAGGUAAUUUGGUGCACAAGAAUGGAAGAAAUAAUAAGUGAAGUGAGUGAAGCUGUAAAUGUGGCUGGAAUUUUGAAUCCAAGCCCAUUUGCUGAGCUAGAGAGGCUUCAUUUACGUUCUCUGCCUGAAUUGAAGAGCAUAUACUGGGAUGCCCUACCCUUCCCAUGCUUGAGAGAAAUCAUAGUAUUCAACUGCCCAAAACUGAAGAAGCUUCCGCUCAACUGUGACAGUGCAAAGGGAAAUCAAAUCAGCAUUGUAGGAAGUGAGGAGUGGUCGAAAGAGGUUGAAUGGAAGGAUGAUGUCACUCGAUCUACUUUUUUACACUCUUUCAAACUUCCAUACUGAUGGAAAGAGCUAGACUGUAAGGAUGAAGCCUAUCUAAAUGCUUUUGACAUCCUAUUCUAAAGACCGCAGAGGAAAGAACUGGUGCGUGGACAAGUCAAUCAGCUUGAUGAUAGCUACGUGUAUUUAGAAAUCAACAUUGAAAGAAAGGAGGGAUGCUGGAAAGAGAUAGAAUGGGACGAUUUAGGUCUAAUAAAUUUCUGGAAUUUGAAAACAAUGAAGAACUUAUCACAAAGUUUUGUUGCUUUUUUUCUUUUCUCUUGACAAUUUUAGUUUGCGUUGGACCUUUGAGAUUGUAAUUUGUAUGUUCUAUUUUGUGUGGUUGUCUUGUUUUUAUCAUAUCCUAAACUUGAUAUGUUCGGCAAAAUUUUUAUUUAUGUCUAUCAUUUCAUAUUUCUCAACUAAAAGGAAACAAGAUUAGACCUUUUUUCUUGUAAAUUGCUGCAUUUUAGUUCUUGUUGUGAGGUUUGUCAUCUAAAUCGUCGCUGCUUGCUGCAUUUGGCGUGGUUGAUGGUCAGAAGCUGACUAACGACUAGGCUUGCAUUAGAAAUUUUGGGAUCACAAAUGGUGAUCACAUUUUGUCAUGUUGAAUAUUUUUGUUUAGUUUCAAGGAACUUGUGAAUUUUAAUAAUGGUAGUAUUUACAAUUUGGAAGGUUCGACUGAACCAUAGCCAAAAAGUUGUAUGUUUUUGAUCAUGGGUACAUUUUUUAAUAAAUUUAAUUAUUUGAAAUAACAAUGCUUGUUACAUCAUUGUUGAAUAUCUAGUUACAACAAAGUUAGCAUUCUUAACUUGGUUAACACAUUACAACACAAGAAUGAAAUUUCAAACAGCCCAACUACCAAAAUCAAUCUUUGUCUGUUCAUAUGGAUUAUGGUACUGGAGACUCCCAUGUAAGCAUAUAGCCUAGUUUCUUGCCCACAUGAAAUUCUAAUGUAAUUCAUUAUCAUUAAAUUUUUCUUAAGGAUUGUGUAUUUUUUUUUAAUAUAUACUUUUUAAUACAUAAUACAUUGAAGUUUAUAGCAACUUCAAAAGGAGCCUUUCUUAAGCUAUGAGCAUUAUUAAAAUAGGCCUUCAUAACAAAAAGAAGGAUAAGUUUCUAACAAACACUUUAGUUGCCUAUGGUGAAAAAUAAAUUGUUGGGAAAUUGGAUUUAGAAAGGUUAAAUGCAAACAUUCAAUUUGAGACAGAAGAAGUAUAUAUUAAUGGUUUCAGUGUGUAGCAUUAAAAUUUUAACACUGAACUUUAUAUAAGACUUUGGCCUCCCCCAAACUAAAAAUCCUGUUUCUGUCCUUGUGAAGAAGUUAGCAAAACAUAAAAAAGUUUGUUUUCUCUCACCAGCUACAUAAGGAAGAGAUAAAGAGUAGGGCUCAAGAGGUAUUCUCAAUAAACAGCCAAAAAGAUGAGCAAUUGAACUAAACUGCAAGUUAACGAAGUCAUAAAGCAUUUAAACACCACAAACUCCUAAAGACAUGCAUGGACGCAUAGAGAGGUCAGCAACAAUUAGGAGCAUCAUACCAGUCGAGAAUAAAUUAUCAGC